CAGGACUAGUAACAGUCCCCGAAUUCACAUUCCCCACCAACAAAUACUCCUCGCAAGUAUUUAUUCUUAGAAGUAUAUCUAGAUUCCAUUUUCACACAAGCAAAUAUUGACUAUAGUCUCCGAAGUCUCUCACAUAAAAUUCUGUAGCUACCCAAAAUUCUAGGGUUAGCCGUAAUGUUCUCUUAAUCCUCAUCAUCUACUGAUGUUGUAUAAUGGAAAAAAUUGGUCCUUGGCGCUGUUUGAUUGGAAUACUUUGAGAAAUUUGAUGGAAGUUUGAAGAAUUUUUAGGAAGGACACGGCGUUCAGUUAUUUGGAGAAACUAGGUAGCAUGCAGUCCAACUGUAAGAGAGUCAAUCCAGGAGAAUCCAAUCUUUAUAAUGUUUCAAAGCCAAGAGUACGUUCUGAACCAUGGGGGAGUGAUACUGGAUAUAAACCCUCCCCUGCUGCAAUGAUGCAAGGAAAUACAUCAGAUUCAUCAUCGCUUGAACAAUCUGUUGAUGGUCAAUCACAGUCUGAGGGCGGUAUGAAUGAGGAAGAUGAUGCUGCUGUCAAACAAACAUCAAGUACUCUACCUCUGAACCCAGAUAGAAAUCAUGGAGAUGAUGAUCAGAAUCAGUUUGCACCAACUGUACAGCCAAGGAUCGAAAGCCUUGUGCAGCCCCCACAGCUUGAACUUGUUGGGCACUCAAUUGCAUGUGCUUCAAAUCCAUACGAUCCAUAUUAUGGAGGAAUGAUGGCAGCCUAUGGCCAACCUUUGGUUCCUCCUCACUUAUUUGACAUGCAUCCUGCAAGGAUGCCAUUGCCCCUGGAGAUGGAGCAGGAGCCUGUUUAUGUCAAUGCCAAGCAGUACAAUGGGAUUCUGAGGAGAAGACAGAUGCGUGCUAAAGCCGAGCUUGAAAAGAAAUUGAUAAAAGUUCGAAAGCCUUAUCUUCAUGAGUCUCGACACCAACAUGCUUUGAGGAGGGCAAGAGGUUCAGGUGGGCGUUUUACAAAGAAGUCUGAUGCAGCUACUUCAAAUGGGGCAGAUUCUGGUUCAACUGUCUCACCGCAAUCUAUCAAUUCAUCAGCUUCCAAAGCCUUGCCCCCUGAGUCUAAUGAAGCAAACGUUCCCGCGGUUCAACAUGCACACAACAAUGAUGUCCGCAAUUUUAGAAAUCAAACCAACAAGCAGGAGCAAGCAUAUCAGUCGACAGGGGAAGGUCAUCCAUCAGGCCAGCAGUGGGGAAACAUCCCGUCCAACCGUGCAUUUGCCAUGAAGUAAACUGUUUACUGAUUGAUUUCGCAGAUCUUGGCUUUCCCAAGCCAGUCGGCAAUUCAUUCUUGGCUGUUUCUUUUAGCUUGUGGAGAGGAGGGAAGAUGAAUGGACUCUGAAUGUUUCAAAUGCCAACUUUUUUUCUUCUGGUGUGCAAAAUAUGUCGUAGGAUUAGAAGUUUGAGUAGGAUGUCGAAUCUUCGAUGAGUAAAGAACCUUCUAUGUUGCUAGAAAUAUGUAAAGUUGGUACGGGCAUUUGCAUUCUCUG